AGAGGCCGGGGCAGAGGGCGGAGGGCGCUGGCGGCGGAGGCCGCGGAAGAUGAGCAGCAGUUGCUCAGGGCUGAGCAGGGUCCUGGUGGCCGUGGCUAUAGCCCUGGUAUCCGCCUCCUCCCCCUGCCCCCAAGCCUGGGGCCCCCCAGGGGUCCAGUAUGGGCAGCCUGGCAGGUCCAUGACGCUGUGUUGCCCUGGAGUGACUUCUGGGGCCCCAGUGUCCUGGUUUCGGGAGGGGGAGACAAGGCUGCUCCAAGGACCCGGCUCUGGGCUAGGGCAUGAACUGGUCUUGGCCCGGGCAGACAGCACUGAUGAAGGCACCUACAUCUGCCGGACCCUGGAUGGUGCACUAGGGGGCACUGUGACCCUACAGCUGGGCUACCCCCCAGCCCGCCCUGUUGUUUCCUGCCAAGCAGCUGACUAUGAGAACUUUUCCUGCACUUGGAGUCCCAGUCAGGUCAGCGGUUUACCCACCCGCUACCUCACCUCCUACAGGAAGAAGACAGUACCAGGAGCUGAUGGUCAGAGGAUGAGUCCAUCCACAGGGCCCUGGCCAUGCCUACAGGAUCCUCCAGGGGCUGCCCGCUGUGUCGUCCAUGGGGCAGAGUUCUGGAGCCAGUACCGAAUCAAUGUGACUGAGGUGAACCCCCUAGGGGCCAGUACGCGCCUACUGGAUGUGAGCUUGCAGAGUAUCUUGCGCCCUGACCCACCUCAGGGGCUUCGAGUCGAGUCGGUACCUGGCUACCCCCGCCGCCUGCAUGCAAGCUGGACAUACCCGGCCUCCUGGCCCCGCCAGCCCCACUUUCUACUCAAGUUCCGACUUCAGUACCGUCCAGCGCAGCAUCCAGCCUGGUCCACGGUGGAGCCGGCUGGAUUGGAGGAAGUGAUCACGGAUGCUGUGGCUGGGCUGCCCCAUGCUGUACGAGUCAGUGCCCGGGACUUUCUGGAUGCUGGCACCUGGAGUGCCUGGAGCCCUGAGGCCUGGGGGACUCCAAGCACCGGGCCCCUGCCAAAGGAGAUGCCAGUUGCGGACCAGCCAUACCAGCAGCUGGAGGAGGAGCCUCAGGCAGACAACCCUGCUCCCCCCAGGCCCUCCCUCCUGCCAGACCCACGGCCACUUGACCACAGGGACCCCCUGGAGCAGGUAGCAGUGUUGGCAUCUUUGGGAAUCUUCUCUUUCCUGGGACUGGCGGCUGGGGCCCUGGCACUGGGGCUGUGGCUGAGACUGAGACCAGAUGGUAAGGAGGGACCCCAAAAGCCUGGGUUCUUGGCUCCAGUGAUUCCAGUGGACAGACUUCCAGGGCUGCCAUUUCCUAUGGCUUCUAAGCCCUGGACAAAGAAGCUGGAGAGAGGGCUACUGCAUGAUGUGAAGGCUGAUGGCACAGUGACCAAGGGAGACCAAGAAAUCAGUAUGCUAAGAAGAGCAGCGGUGCUGUGCAGGAGGCCAUGGAAGACGGAUAGAGAUGGACAAAUGGGUAGAAUCUUUGGAAGCAGCAAAUGUAUGGGUGCAGAGCAAGAGUCCUGCUUGUGUGGAGCCUGUGUAAGACUGAGACUGCAUGGAAGAGUGAGGGUAAAGGUGAGGGAGUCCAUGGGGGUUCUGUGAUGUGUGUGUGAGCCUGUGUGAGGCUGUAGCUAUCUCUGGUUAUGGCCUCCUGAAGCUUUCUUUUUUUACAUCCAGAAAUUUCUUCCUUUCUGUUGCGUAAUAAAGAAUUUUGACUGCUCUUUGUUCCUGA